CGGCGAGCCAUCGCCCCAUCGACUCAUGCGGCGGGCAUUUGCAAUCCUAUCGGGAUUCACUUUUAAUAUUUCACGACACUCUGAAAAAGACGUUCACAAACGCGUCGAGAAAGACGACCCCAACACCAACAAGCACUCGAGUUUUGUAUUUUGUCUGUAGCAUAUAUCGAGCCCAGAAAGUUGGUCCAACAUGGCAGCCCACGAAGCAUCCAUGGACCUCCCCAUAAUCGACCUGGACGUCUUCCUCAACUCGCCGCACGACUCCCCCGCGGCGGUGGCAGAGUGCCGCAAGGCGGCCGAGGCGCUCAUCACAUACGGGGCGCUGGUGCUGCACGACAGCCGGGUGUCGCCGGACGACAACGAGGGGUUCCUGGACCUGCUGGAGGACUACUUUGCGCAGCCGGCCGAGCAGCUGCAGAAGGACGAGCGCCCAGAGUUCAGCUACCAGGUCGGCGCGACGCUCGAGAACACCGAGAAGCCCAAGUGCGCCGUCGACGAGCCCUGCCUGGACGUGAUCCGGCGCCUCGCCCCGGACCAGCGGCCCCUCGACAUCAUGGGCCACCAGCCCGACCCCAAGUGCCGCUUCUUCUGGAGGAUGACGGAGAAGCCGCCGUACGAGACCCAGUUCCCCGGCCUCAACACGCCGAAUGUCGUCCCUGAGGCGCCCCAGAUCAGGGAGCGGUGGACGCCCACCAUGGACCUGUGGGGCAGGUCGAUGAAGAACGCCGUAAGCGCCCUCGCGGAGAUGGCAGCAGUGGGCCUGGGCAUCCCAGAGGCAACCUUCAAGGACGCGGGGCGGUACGGCCCCCACAUCCUGGCGCCGACGGCGUCAGACCUGGUAAAGUACGGGCACAAGGACACCAUCCUGGCCGGGUUCCACACGGACCUCAACUUCCUGACCAUCCACGGGCGCUCGCGCUACCCGGGCCUGCACAUCUGGGCGCGCAACACGGGCCGGCGCAUCGCCGUCAAGAUCCCGCCCGGCAACUACCUCCUCGUGCAGGCGGGCAAGCAGCUCGAGCACAUCACGGGCGGGCUCGUCAAGGCGGGUUACCACGAGGUCGUCGUCAACGACAGGACGGUCGAGACGAUCGAGAGGCGGCGGCGCGAGUUCCCCGGCCGGCCGCUCGUGCGCAUAUCGAGCACCUUCUUCUGGCACCUCGCCAGCGACUUUGACCUCGACCCCAUCCCCGAGCUGGCGGACAAGGCCAGGGCGCUGAGGCUGGAGCAGCUGAACCUGGGCCGGGACGAGGGCGACGAGGUGCAGUACCCUGCUAUGAAGGUCGGGGAGCAGGUUCAGAGCGAACUUAAACAUAUUGCAUUGAUGGCCUGAGGUUUACAAUUAUACACGCUGUCAAAUGUAGCAAGCAUUCUCACGAACUGCUUUGCGAUGAAGAGUAAAAUAACAACGGAGGUUUUAGAUAUAUUUACGCAACGAUAUGAUCCUGGUUUCGUCUUCAUUGUUUGAGUUGUGACUAGCCACAGAAUAUUUAUAAACAAUGCAAACAAGCCAAGCCACAUUCCGGCAAUUCAUUAUUA